CAGUAACUCUCUUUUUCUUCUUCUUUUUUCUUUAUUUUUACCUUUGACUGUGUUCUCGCGCGUUGCCAUGUUGGACUACGAAUGGGGAACCCAGUCGUCGGCGACGGCCAUGUUUCCCGGAGAAGAUACCUCCGCCCAGAACCGCCAUUUCUUCGACCUCUACGCCACCCAAGCAAACUUCAACGAAGACGCGGCGGGCGGGCCGGGCUUAGUCGGCGGCCACAACGGCCAUUUCUCCGCCGAGGACCACCUGCAGCUGUUCCACCACCCGGCCGGAGACGGCGGCCAGGAGACCAACCACAUGUGCUCUCUCUACGACCCACGCGCCUACGGGGGCGCGCCUUUCGCGCAGGCUUCCCAUCAUCAUCAUCAUCAUCAGGUUGUUCCCAUGCUUUCCCUGGAGCCGGGGGCGGCGGCGGGGUUCGUGGUGGUCCCGAAGAGCGAGCCUCUGGGGAUCGGCGGCGGCGGCGUCGACUUCUCCGGCGCCAACCUGGGGCUCAACUUGGGAGGCAGGACAUACUUCUCGUCCACCGAGGAUGAUUUCGUGAACCGGCUGUACCGCCGGUCCAGGUUGGUGGAUGCCGCCAGUUCGUUCAACGCCCCGAGGUGCCAAGCCGAGGGCUGCACUGCUGACCUCACCCUCGCCAAGCACUACCACCGCCGCCACAAGGUGUGCGAUUUCCACUCCAAAGCCGCCACCGUCCUCGCCGCCGGUUUGACCCAACGGUUCUGCCAACAGUGUAGCAGAUUCCACGUCCUGACGGAGUUCGAUAACGGCAAAAGGAGUUGCCGCCGCAGGUUGGCCGACCACAACCGGCGGAGGAGGAAAGUCCCCCAACCAAACCACCAGGAAAAUAGCGCCAACACCGCCGCUCAUCAGCAGGCUGCUGAUAACAACGCCGCCGCCCACAAUUCACCGUCGUCCGACAGCCUUCCAAGGUCUCCGCCGCAGCAGCCGCCGCAGCGGGACUCAUCAGGAUCGUCGGUGACAGUCGGGGUAUCACCGCCGAGGAUGUCAAUUGAUUGCUUUGGACAAAGAUCGUACGGCUACCAGUUGGCGCCGGCAGCUCAAUCUUCUCCUCCUCCUUCUCACAUGGCUCAUGAUUUUAGCUAUAUGUAAUAUAAUAAUUGGGCAUGUUAAUUAGCAACUUGAAAUUGAAUUAGCCUGCCUGCAUGCUAAUUAAUCAUUAUCUACCUAGCUAGCUGCUAAUAACUAUUAUUGAAUAAU